GGUUGAUCAUGAUCAAAACCUUGAAGAAGACAACAGAGACCAUAUUAUCUACACCACGCGUGACCCGCCUUCACAACGCAGGUGUCGAAUUCCUCCGUCUCUCGUCGGGAGGCGUAUCCGGGGGUGUUUCCAUGGCUGGGUGGUUCUCUCCAACCAUCCACACAAUGACAAUUGACAAGUGGUCUCUUUGGAACCCUAUGAAUUCAAGGAUCAUACGCCUCCCCCGCUUGGUUCCAAAAAAAAGUAGAGGGAGGUUUGAAGAUGAUCCAAGAAUGUUGUUUGUCGUCCCCUCCCGAUGAUCAUAACUUCCAUUCCUUUUCUUCACGGAUGUUGUAAUGAAUUGUUCUUUGUUAACUUAUGUCUUCGCGCGGUAGGCCAUGUGACAAAAAAAACAGUUGGUGGCUUGUGUGUGUUGAAACUAGACACGAUUAAUCUAAGAUGGGACGAAAUGAAAGAUCUUCAAGAUGCUGCAUUCUUUUUGGAUCUUGCUCAUGGUAACUCUGUGUGUUACAGCCCUGCAAUUGCCUCGGGGUUAGGGGGUUAUGUACACUUUCUUGAUAGAUCCGGAAAAGUGAUACACUCAUACGAUUUCAAGAAUAAAACCAUAGCCUUGUCGUCCAUGCCAACAAGCCAUGCAUCAUUGUCGGAUCAUAGGUUACAAGGUGAUUGCGAAGCAUGGGCGGCUCUUUAGGUGUGCGGGGAGGACUUCCGCACAAGGCCCGUUUUUUCGAGGGG